AUGGCCCAAAUCUUGAAAAACGUUAGUGUUGAUUAUGAUCCAUUGAAAAUCAAUGCUGAUGCACUGGGAUUAGCAGAUCCAAAGCUGUGCUACAUUCUGGAUGGGAUCCUUUUAAUAUAUGCUAUCAUCAUCACAGCCCUUUUCAUGAAAGUAAAGCUAAGCAAUCGCUCUACUGAAUCCAAGCCUUCUCAAAAUGCAAAUGACAUAUAUAAUAAACUAUCUACCGGACACAGAGAUGAAUAUGAUUCUCUGGCAGUAAAAAAACCAGAUACAGAUCUUGAAAUGGCUGUGGAAAACCAGCGCAGAAGAAAGAAACCUCAGGACAAAGUUUACACUUCCCUACAGCGGGAUAAGAUGGGUGAAGCAUACAGUGAAAUUGGAAAGAAAGGAGAGAGACAUUGUGGCAAAGGCAAUGAUAUUCUUUAUCAGGGCCUCAGCCAAGCAACAAAGGACACAUACAAUGUCCUUCAAAUGAAGCCAAUGCAUUCUCAUUAGUUACACCUGGAAGAAAGAAAGAACAUUCCUUAUGGUGGAAUGGUAGCAACUAAAGAGGACAGUUCAUUUCAGCAACGCCAUUGCCUUGUUUGAAGAAUGCUAUUGUACAGUCAGCAAAACCCAUAUUUCAUUUCCAAAUAACAUCCUAGGUUUUUUUUUUAAAAAAAAUGUACAUAUGUUUAAAGAUUCUGCUUAAUGUAUAGUUGCUCAUAUUUAGGAGCAGAAGUUGAGAUUGCUAUUCACUGCAUAAUUAAAUAAGAAAAAAAUAUUUUUCUUCCUAAGGUGAAAAGUAACCAACAUAUUUUCUUUCCUUAUAGAUGUGUUGAAAGGUAUUUUUAAUUGAAGAUAGCUGGGGAACUUUUGGGGGAAAGGGGAGGGGAAGAGGAUAUAUUCUGGAACCUUUCAUCACUCUCCAGGAAUUUGGAUUACUGUACAAUCUAUCAGUCAUACCAGCAGGGCUGGUGGCAAAGGAUGUCAAAAAUUGUCAUUUUUUAAAAUUGAUAACUCUCAAAUCAUUAAAUAGUUCAGAACUUAACUGAAGGUAGAUAUCUUUUUAUAUUGAAGAUGAUGGUACUUUGAAUUGCAGUGUAUGAGAAAAUUGAAAGUUCUGUUCAUGAGCUUGGAUCAUUAUCCACAAAAUGUAAUUUUCUUUAGCAUCAAAAAGCUAUCAGCCUUUACUAUUAUGUUUGGAUGAAGUCUGCAAGUAAAAUAAAAAAACAAAAACAAAAAAACUGGACACAGAACUAGCCCAUUUAAUAAAGCAACCAAAACUAGUUUUGGCUUAGAACUACUUCUGUCGAAGAACAAAAGUCUUACUUUUGAAUAGUUAAAAUGUAUUGGAUGUCACUAAACAGUAAUCAUAAAAAUACUCUUGUGCUAUGAAGAAGUGGACCAGUACAGUUUAUGCCUGUCUUUGCAUGAUUAAAAUAAUGGAUAAG